AUGACCGCUCGUCAUGACUCUGGUGACCAUGUCGGGAGAGCAGCCGCAAGCACGAAUCCGCAACAUUCAAAUGAUGCACUUGACAGCGCAAUCGCCGCUGCUGAGUCGGCCAUACAGGCGUUGAAGUUGGCACAGGACCCUGCUGAGCGAACCCGAUUGUCCAGCAAAGUCGAAAAGUUGCUGGCACAGAUAGAAGCUCUCAAACUGGGCGGGACUCCCUCCAACGCAUCCAAUGCCGCGAGUAGACAGACCGGCACCAUCGGAGCACAGAGGCGGUUGAAAGAACCUCAAUCACAGCGACCAUUGCCUAAGAAAGAACAGAUCUUGCUUCUAAAAUCCAGUUUCCUGCAUGGCUUCAAGUUUCCACCCUGGACAUCCACUCCCGUGGCCAAAGAAUUCGCAUUGGCCGACGGGGAGGAGUUGUUUGUCGACGACAAAGACCUUCCCCUUUCCGACUUCCAAGAGGGCAUAUCUGCGGGAUGGAAACGGCCUGUGGAUGCAUUGCCCCCUCCUUCCUGGACGAGCGACCUUACUCAGGAGCCACUUGAGUCGACGAGUCAUUCACGGAGCGUGAACUUGGUCCAAGAUGCCGCCACCGACUGUUCCGUGGUGGCUUCGCUAUCGGCCGCUUGGGCGCGUUUCGAACGUGGCCACCCGUGGGUCAACGAGCCUACCUUGUUUCCUUGCGCUAGCGACCAUCUUGUUCCCGCCGUCUCGCCAAGUGGGAAGUACAUCGCCCGACUGAACUUCAACGGCAGCUAUCGCCGAGUCGUCAUCGACGAUCGACUACCCACAAGCUCAACCAAUCAGAUUAUCCAUGUCGUGGACAUGAACAACCCUGCCUCUGCUUGGCCCGCGCUCGUCGAGAAGGCCUAUCUGAAGGUGCGAGGGGGCUACGACUUCCCCGGCAGUAACAGUGGCACAGACCUGUGGAUCAUCCUUGGCUGGAUCCCCGAGCAGAUUUUCCUUCAAUCGGGCGAAUUUGAUUCCCAUCGAUUCUGGGAAAGGAUCUCGGGGGCAUUCGGCUAUGGUGACGUCCUGAUCACCAUGGGCACUGGUACGAUGUCUUCCAAGGCCGAGCGAGAACUCGGACUAGCCGGACAGCAUGAUUACGCCGUGUUGGAUGUCAAGGAAGUCGAUGGGCAGCGGUUGUUCUUGGUGAAGAACCCGUGGCGUGAUGGCACGAGCUGGCGGAGCAACACCAAGCGCGACAGCGAAGGCGAUGCAACGACGAGGCGUCCAUCUGUUGAAAUAGGCCACGAUGAGACAGCUGUCCGGAGUCCGAGAGACCUCAUGAAUGCAGAUGGCCAGCUCACCCCCGGCACUUUUUGGAUGGACCUCGAAAAUGUGCUGCAGUACUUCGAGUCCAUCUAUCUCAACUGGAAUCCGGGUUUGUUCACCAUCCGGCAAGACCUGCACUUUGCAUGGGAUUUGUCGCCCAAUCAAGACGAAACACCGAAACCGAGAGGACGUUGCGCGAGUCUGAUCCGACAUCCUCAAUACGUGGUCAAUGCGACGCGAGACGGGAUUGUAUGGGUAUUGCUGUGUCGGCACUUCCAGAACGCUGUCCCUGCAGACGCCACCGCGGAAGAGAUCGAAGACGACCGGUACGGCAUUGAGCUGAAAGGCCACAUCUCCCUCCAAGCCUUCUCCUCCAAAGGCCACCGCGUCCUUCUACCCGACAAAGCUCUCGAAAAGGGCUGGUACGUCGACAGUCCUCAAGUGCUACUCAAACUCGAAUGCGAGGCGGGAAAACCAAUGACGCUCGUACCGGGCGAAGACGGCCUCCCAGCCACAAAGCAGACCUUCACCCUCUCCGCAUUCGCCAACUCGCCCUUCACCCUGGCCGACGCAAGCAAUCCCUUCCUCCACACAACCACGCUAUCAGGAAGCUGGACCCGCGAAACAGCCGGCGGCAACGCCCACAGCCCCUCCUACUCCACCAACCCCCAAUUCUCCAUCCACCUCCCGCACCCCACGCCCCUCAGCCUGCUCCUCGAAACAGCCAUCGAUACGCUCAACGUGCACGUCAAACUCGUGCACAGCAAAGGCCAGCGCAUCCACUCCAUCCGCAAUCGCGACAUCGUCUUCGACAGCAAAGACUACCGCCGCGGCUGCUCUGUCGCCGAGAGCCCCUCUGUCGCCGCCGGCCGCUACACCAUCAUCUGCAGCACAUUUGAAGCGGAUCAGCUAGGCGAUUUCACGCUGUCGCUUCAAUCGAAUCAUCCGACUCACGUGGCGCCACUGCCUAGAGAGGGCGCGGGACGAGUACGACUCGAUCUCGGCACCGUGACGUUCGCUCCUGGACAAAGGACCAUCAUCGCACGACUGGCGACGAGCAGAUUGGUGAAAGUGUACGCCGUCGCAAAACUGGUGGUGGGAAGGCAGCGGACAACAGAGUCGCAUCGUUGCUUGAUCCGGCUGAGCAUCCAAGCUGGAGCUCGAGAGCCUAAUCAACACGUGCUGGCUGUGUCGAAUGAGGGCGAGUACUCUGCUGGUCCUGGCGGCAUACGGACCGAGGAUGUGGAUAUGGGGCCUAGUGGGGGGCGGAGGGGAGAGGCCUGGAUUGUGCUGGAGCGCUUGUCGGCGGGUCUGGAGCAUUGCGAGGACGAUGUUUCUGUGGAAUUGUUUUCCGACCAGCCUGAUGGAUUGACAUAUGGAGAGUGGCGGGCACGAGAUGAUUAG